UUGGACAGGAAGUGUGACAACUUUUAACAAUGAGAAAAGUUCAGAAAUUCAGAAGUUCCACUUCCAGUGUUGUUGAGAGUUAGCUGGUAUGCAGUUUUAAAAAAAAUUGCCAUUAAUGAUAUUUUAAUUUUAGUUGUAAAACGAGGUGGAUAGGAGUCUAAGAACUUCGGGUUGAUGGUCGCACUCAGUGUGUGAGUUCUGUAUGAGAACAGUCCCUGCUGGCUGAGACACCAUGCCCUGCUCCUGGGGCAACUGGAGGCAGUGGAUCAGACCCCUGGUCAUCGUGCUCUAUCUGCUCGUUCUGCUCGUGCUGCUGCCCCUCUGCAUCUGGGAGCUGCACACAUCCGAGGUGGGCACCCACACUAAGGCUUGGUUCAUUGCUGGAAUAUUUGUGUUUAUGACCAUUCCCAUAUCACUGUGGGAAAUCCUCCAGCAUCUGGUGCAUUACACCCAGCCUGAGCUGCAGAAGCCAAUCAUCAGGAUAUUAUGGAUGGUGCCCAUAUACAGUUUAGACAGUUGGAUUGCCCUUAAGUACCCCAGCAUCGCCAUCUACGUGGACACGUGUAGGGAGUGCUAUGAGGCCUUCGUCAUCUAUAACUUCAUGACCUUCCUGCUGAACUACCUGGGGAAUCAGUACCCAAACCUGGUCCUGAUGUUGGAAGUGCAGGAGCAGCAGAAACACUUACCCCCACUCUGCUGCUGUCCACCAUGGCCUAUGGGAGAAGUGCUGCUGCUCAGAUGCAAACUGGGGGUCCUGCAAUAUACAGUUGUGAGACCUGUCACUACAGUAAUAGCUCUAAUUUGUGAGCUGUGUGGUGUGUAUGAUGAAGGAAAUUUCAGCUCAAAGAAUGCCUGGACCUACCUGGUAGUGUUCAAUAAUCUGUCCCAGCUGUUUGCCAUGUACUGCCUGGUGCUGUUCUACAGGGCCCUGCGGGAGGAGCUCAGCCCCAUCCAGCCUGUCGGGAAAUUCCUGUGCGUGAAGCUGGUGGUAUUUGUGUCCUUCUGGCAGGCUGUGCUCAUUGCUCUACUUGUGAAGGUGGGUGUGAUCUCCGAAUCCCAUACGUGGGACUGGGACAGCGUGGAAGCCGUGGCCACAGGCCUACAGGACUUUGUCAUCUGCGUGGAGAUGUUCCUGGCAGCCAUAGCUCACCACUAUACUUUCAGCUACAAGCCAUAUGUUCGGGAGGCUGAGGAGGUAUCUUGUUUGGACUCCUUCAUGGCCAUGUGGGAUAUAUCGGACGUCAGGGCCGACAUAUCCGAGCAAGUGCGCAAUGUUGGGAGGACGGUCCUUGGCCGUCCCAGGCCAACAUACUUUGGUGAGGCGCGGGAGCAGGAGCAAAAUGAGCGCACGGGCCUUCUCUCUCCGGGGCCCAUGGGGCCAGCUGCAGAUGGUGCCACCAUUGCCCCAUCCCCCACAGGUCACUACCGGGGCCUGGGACACACUGCUGCACCAGCGGGGCUCAGCCCAGAGCUGAAAGGUGGGGAGGACGUCCAGCCUAAUACGGCCCCUCAGGACAAGAAGGACCAUGCCCCUGUUAGCCACGACAUGUCAUCCUAGUUUAUCCUCCACCGCUACUGGCAAGAAGGUUGGAAAAAACCAAAGAAAACAUUCAGGUAGUUAAUCUGACAGCCAACUUUUCAUGUUUGUCCACUUUAGCAGACACGUUUUGAAGUCUGUCUCAAGAAGUAUACACGCAACAGUAAUUACUUGUGACAAAGAGGGCAUUUUACGAUUUUAAAUAAUACCACAAAAUUGGGGUUGGGGUUUGGAAAACUUCCUAGAAGUUGGGGAAAUAUAUCUCAGAACUUAUCCCUCCCCUUUUUUGUUGGGUUUCAGGAUAACAUACAGGGUAUUGCUGGCCAGAAAUAAACUGCUCAAAUAAGCAAUAUAAUAUUUGAAAGUGGUCAUAUGACCACACUGUAUGUUUUAGUCCUCUGCUGUAUACAUGGUGGAGCAAUAGUGUCAUACUGACUUCAUAUGCUGCUAUGACUGCAGCGGGCGACAGCUUUCUGAAUGGUAAAAACAAAUAAUUAAUGGUUUGAUGACAUAUAUCCAUGUUUUCUUUGUACAACCAGUCCUGUCUGUUGUUUUAAUUUAUUUUUAAUUCCAUUUUGUUAUCAUUUGGAGGAGAGAAAACAAACUGGUUAAAUAUAAUAAUGUCAGUUAGCAAUACUUAUGUAGUAUUUUGCUACACAUAAAAUUUUCCAUUUACUGCCAGCUAACUUCUCUGUUGUUUAUUUAAAUCUUUCUAUGAGAGGUUUUUAAAAUCCUCUGGAGCUGCAGUGCAGCUAAAACGGCUCAUGCCCAAAAAAGACAUUAGACCUGUGUAAACGCCCGGCUCCAAGAAGUGCUCCUCUGCAAAUGGUCAGAAAUGACCCAUUUGGGUUCAACCUUGAGGUCAGGUUUUUCCCUUCACUGCCAGCAUUCAGGUCUCUAACACAUUUUCAAAUGCAGAUAAUGUAAAAAAUUUUUGGUCAUAGGAAAUAACACUGUGUGGGUUGUGCCUUUAUAUGUUUUUCAUGAAGGUAGUUGUAACUAAAUGUUUAAUUUAUGCUUGAUGUUCUCCUGAAUCUUCGCAAAUUGUACUUGUUGGAUUUGUAGUUUGUCAAGUUAACUUUUUUUUCAUGAUUUGCUGUUUUGUGUGGCUAUGGUGCUUGUGGUUGAAGCCUUAACCAAAGAUGUUCAAACAACCCAUCUUUUCUUGUUUUGCUCUACAAAGACCUGUUGUACGUUGUGCUUCCUGUGACCAAUGUUUAGAAGCCAUACCCCUUUAAAGGAUGGUUGAAGACUGUUUGGACCACAAGUUACUUUAAUUUUUCAAUGCUCAGGAAAAUCUGUUAUUAAUUGUGCUGUGGUAUUCUGUCCAGGGGGAGGGGGUUGAUAUGGUAUUUAUCAUUCAUCUUGGUUGGGGCUUGUUCAUACUGUAAGAAAGCCAAAAUUUUUAGUCUUGUUUUAAAAACUCGACUAAGAACUUUCACCUUUGCUCCGUGAAGCUUAGGAUUACAGUUGUGUUCUAUGUUGUACUGCACUACCACAGAAGCCUUUGCUCAGAAUAUGUGUACAGUUUUAUUAAAGCACAGUAAUAUCUGAAUCUAUAACAUUACAGCAGGUAGUGGGUUUUAAUGUACAGCACAGUAACUCCAGGACUGCAGCCC